CAGUGAUAAUAGCUAUAUGAUACUUCCUUCUCCGUGUCGUCCUCAAUUUGCCUCGUCAGAGACUGUAUAUUUCAAAAUGUGUCGGACAGUUGUUCUACUGUGGCUUGUGUUUGCGACCUGUAAGUCUCGAGUGGAUUCAGACUGGACACAGACUGGACCAUGUACCUGCCAAUCAGAUGAUGGAGUCAUCGACCUGACCCCGCUCGCUCUGAAUAACGGGACACCUGCAUUUAACCACCACACUGAUCUUCUCGGGCAGGAUGUGUUCUCCUGGAACCCGUGUGUCCCAUUCACCCAAGCUGCCUGCCAGGACGCAGCCGUUUGUAAGUACAGCGGCAACAAGGCCGGCGUUGUUGUCGGCACACAGCAGAGUGCCAGGUUCGUCUCCGACGUCGUGGAAGGGUUGUCCCUGCAAUACUCGCACGGAGAAGUAGCGGUAUCGAUCAAGCUGAAGUGCGUCCAUGAAACGAAACCAGAUGUUCUCUGGAUUACAGGACAGGUUUCUGGAAGUGGUCCCUAUGUCAUGACAUUGUUCAGCAAGCAUGCUUGUCUCAAACCGACUUCCGUGGACGAAUUGUUGAGUGAACCAACACCCGCUGUCCACAACUUUACAAUCCCGACACCAGGUGUCGUUACCAUGACAAGCAAACCGUCGAAUCUUCAGACAAUCACACUGCUGGUGUCAGUGGAAGUACUGGCUACCGUUCUAAUUCUUGUCGUGGCUGUGAUUGGACUUGUUAUUCUUAUCAACCGGAAGUUACGUCUGAGCCGGACGUCUCCCCCUGCCUACGGCCAGCUUGUAAUAGAUGAUGAUGACGAUGACGCCUUAAUGCUGAAACUAUAGCCGGCUUACCAUGAACACAAAAUGCCGUCUGAUGCUUUUUAAUCAUAUCGCAAGACCCGGGAUGAUUACUAAAGAGGCAGUUUAAAUUUCAAUUGAAGUGAAAGAUUACAAAUUAAUUUAAUUUAUAUGUUUGAUCGGCAUUCUUGAAGUUGGUGAGUCACAAAUGAAGCAUCCAACUUAAUGGGUGACAACUGCUUGUUUACUGCAUAGAGCGAUGUUUCGAUGUAGAUCAUUAAACUGUUAUCAAGCG